AUGAGUAGUAGUAAAGCUUUAGCUGCUAUUCAAACAAUGAAAAUUAUUUAUGGUUCACAAGGAAGACAAAAUAUUCUUCCUUAUCAUUAUCUUGGUAUGGUCUACCGUACACCAUGGCGUUUUUGGUAUUCAAAUUCACAAGUAUUUCGAUGGUUUUCACGUAUCAUGGCUGUAGCUUUUGCAUCAACACUCUAUUUACCAUUACGUGGCGUUGAUUUAUCUUAUACACCUUAUACAAUUGUUCAUCAUCAACUUGAUCAUAAAUUUGGUGAUUGGAUUGAAGAAAUGCGUUAUCCAGUUGAUCAAAAACGUGUUGAUGAAUACAAAAAAGCACAUGGACUUCAAUAA